AUGUCUGUCGAUUUCAACACCGUAGCCACCGAAUUCUGCAACUUCUACUACCAGCAGUUCGACAACGACAGAUCCCAAUUGGGCAACUUGUACAGGGAGCAGUCCAUGUUGACCUUCGAGACCUCGCAGUUGCAGGGCUCCAAGGACAUUGUGGAGAAGUUGGCCGGUUUGCCAUUUGCCAAGGUGGCCCACAGAAUCUCCACUUUGGACGCCCAGCCCGCCUCUCCUCAGGGCGACAUUUUGGUCAUGGUGACCGGUGAGUUGCUUAUUGACGAGGAGCAGAACGCCCAGCGUUACUCGCAGGUGUUCCACUUGAUUCCUGAUGGAUCCUCGUACUACGUGUUCAACGACAUCUUCAGAUUGAACUACUCGCCCAAGAAGUCGGAAGACGCCGUUAGUGCCGAAUCGGGCAAUUCCUCCGCCUCAAUUCCCACGAUUCCUCAGAGACCCAGAAAGACAGAUACCCUGAGCUCCUUGGAGAGUCAAAACAGUGAAGAAAAGAAGGAGGCGGCUGUUCCUGUGGUUCCCAGCAGACCCAGAAAAGAAAAGAGUGAAGUUUCUGAAACGGAGAGUGCUGAGCCGAAAUUGCCCUCGAUUCCGAGACGCCCAAGGAAGGAGAAGUCUGAGGAGCCGAAAGUCAGUGAAGACGCUGGAGCCAAAGAGAGUGAGGAUCUUGAGCCUUCGAAGGAUGUGGCGGCUGAGGAGCCUUUGGACUCCUCUAAAAUCAGCUCGGGUGACGUUGGAUCGUCUGCAUUUGGAUCUGACACCGUGGAGCUGGAACCCAAGGAAAUUGAUAGCAAGGUUGAUGAUUCGAAGGUUGUUGACGCGCCUUCACUUCCCCUGAGCGACAAAGCCGAUGCGGAUGAGGAACCCAGCAAACCGGAGUCCCCUGAAACUGACAAAAUUGUACCUUCUGAACCACAGGAAGACGAGGAUCCAGACCCCGAAGAUGCCAAAACAGAGCCUGUUUCUUCUGGAAACAAGGCCCAAAGCGACUCCUCCAGCGACUUGGCAGGGGCUGUUGGAAACAAAAUCAAGGAGCAACGUGAACUCGCUAGUGAACUGAUGUCCAACGUGGAGAGCUUGCAAGCUGAGAGCUCGGAGGGUGCAUUGGUUGACGAGAUCGACAGCGGCACUCUUCGAAACGAACACGUGAAUGAGGUUUCUGACUCUGCUUUUGCAAAGGAUAACCUUAGUUUAAGGGCGCUGGAUGAGCAGAAGUCUGAGGAAGAGUCGAAGGAGACAAAGUCUGAGGAGGAACCAGCCUCUGAAGAAAUUGCAAGUGUUGAGGACAAGAAACCUGAACUUGAGGAGGCAAGCCAGAUUGCUGAACCUUCUGAGACUAAGGAGCUUGACAUUCCUUCCAAGGACUCAGAGAAUGCUGAAGAGCCAGCUGAUCUGGACGCUCCCAAGGAGGAGGCCAUUUCUGCAAAGCCAAAUCAGGACGCAGCUCCUCUGAAGGAGGACAUCCUUUUCCCGAGGGAAGAUGCUCCAGAGGAAGAUGCUCCAGAGGAAGAUGCUCCAAAGGAUGAUGUUCCAAAGGAUGAUCCUCCAAAGGAUGAUGUUCCAAAGGAUGAUGUUCCAAAGGAUGAUGUUCCAAAGGAAGAAGCUCCAAAGGAAGAGGCUCCAAAGGAAGAGGCUCCCGAAGAAAAGGCAACUACGAAGGAAACAAAAACCGAGGACGAGAGCCCUGCUCCAAAAAUGCCUAUCAUUCCCCUGCGCCCCAACAAGCCAAAGAGACUCGACUCCAGUGUUUCCGAGCUGGACUCCAAGAGCUCACCCGCCAUCCCCUCCAGACCUGCCAAACCUGCAACCAAGGAGAAACCAAAGGCCCCUCCACCAAAGCCCAAGAAGCUUUCGUCAAAGAUUGCCGCUUUCCAACAGAUGUUCAACCAGGAACCCUCUGAAGCUGCUAAGGAGGAGAAAAGCUCUCCUGAAAAGCGUGGCAAGCUCUCCUCCGAGAAAACCAACUUUGCCGCAAACUUGCAAAAUAUGAUGGGUGCUGGAAUUGCCUUGCCUGGCAUGGCCAAUCCCGAAUUGUUGAAGAAGCUUGCUCCUGCUGAACUGGAGUCUGAGCCCUCUGAGAAGAAGUCCGAUGAAGCUCCACAACCCACAUCCAGAAGAGCCAAGGGUCCCAGAGGCAAGAGGCUUCCAAAGUCUAUCCAGGAGUCCAAGAUCACGAUAGAGCCCCGGUUCAAGUUUUCCAGUGGACUUUUGUGGGAGUUGGACUUCUCAAAGGCCAGUACUGGGGAGCCAACUGAGGGUGUGACCGAGCCAAAGGAAGAUAUCAAGGAGGAGCUUCUUGCUGCUUCUCAAGAGCCUUUGACCGGUGCGCCAUUGGACUCAGAGGACUCAUUGAAGAAGGAGGUGGAGGAGCCAGAAUCUACAAAAGAAACACAAGAAUUCUCUAUUCCUAUUAGCGAAAGUUCAGCAGAGCAGCCAGAAAGCGUCGAGGAUCUCCCUAGCUUGCAAGAAACGCAGCCUGCUAUUGACGACAAGGAGGAGCUUCUGAAGAUUGAGCAUGCCACCCAGGCGCCUCUUGAUGCCCUUGAAGAAGGCAAAACCACGACCAAGGACGCUCUGAGCGAGGCCGAGCCCGACUACGAGAUUAUCAGCAGAGAGAAAGACCAGGUGGAGACGCCCCGGGCCAACACCUCAGGAACGGAGGAGUUUGACGACGACAGCGGUUUUGAAGAGGCCCGUGAGGUCUUCUCGAGCCCCAAGCCGCUUGGAGACUUCACCAAGGACCCCGAGCAGUUUUUGCAGUCGGAGAAGGACCCCACGGUCGAGGUGGAGCAGCAGCUCAAGGAAUUGUCGGAUUUCGUGCGCAAGCACGAUGACGAGCCUGUGCUUGUGAGCAAGGCCGAGGAGGAAGAGGCCGAGAAGGCCGAGUAA